AUGUCGCAGGGGAGAGACGCGCAGGGUGCGGGCGCCGGCGCGCGCCCCGCGGCGGAGUGUGGUAACCACAAUGUAAGAUUUUGCCAAAAAGCCACUAGUUGUAGAAUUUGUAAGAGAAGGCAUCACUCCUUGCUUCACCCUAAGGAUGUAUCCACUUCAACUGCCAAUCCGGAGAGCGUAGUUCAGGCAGCUGAAACUGGGUCUGGGGAAGCCACACAUAUCGCGACAGAGAACACACAAAAUGAGUCCACACCGAUAGUCAACUGUUUUGCGACAGGGAUAGUGCAAGAUGAAGUGUUAUUAGCCACAGCCCUCGUAAAGGCUGAGUCCAAAACAGGCGAGUAUCAGUGUACCACUCUCGGGUGGAUUUUGUCUGGCACAGACGGUUCAACGAGUGUACAUGACACUGUGACGGUGCUACAUACGCAGGUGAAUGAAGAUGAUCAGUUAAAAAGAUUCUGGGAAAUAGAAGCAGAACCAAACGUUCACUCGAAACUAUUAACCAAAGAAGAACAAAGGUGCGAAGAUCUCUUCGCAUCUACAACAGUGAGAACACAAGAGGGCAGAUAUGUCGUAAAAUUGCCGUUUCGCGACGAUCAUACCUGCAAGGGAAAUUCAAGGGAGAUUGCAGUUAAAAGAUUACGUAGUUUGGAGAGGAAAUUGGAAAAAGACAAAACUCUCAAGGCUAGAUAUACGGAAGUAAUACAGGAGUAUGAGCAACUAGGCCAUAUGAUACUUGUGACAGAACCUGAUCAUAAAAAGAGAGAAGCAAUCUACUUACCUCACCAUGCCGUGGCCCGCGAGGAUAAAAGCACCACGAAGGUCAGAGUCGUGUUUGACGCUUCCUGUAAAUAUGAUGAGGGGAUAUCAUUGAAUGAUCAGCUUAUGACAGGACCUACCUUGCAGCCAGAACUUCGUCACCUCAUUAUGCGUUGGAGGCGGUACCCCGUUUGUCUAGUGGCGGAUAUAGUAAAAAUGUACAGGAUGGUAAGAGUAGCCAACGAGGACACCGACUUUCAGCGCAUAGUGUGGCGCGAAAAUGCUGAAGAUGAAAUCAAGGAUUACAAGUUGCUGACCGUCACUUUCGGAACUGCUUCAGCGCCCUACUUGGCAGUAAAGGCACUCAAUCAGGUAGCCUGCGACCACAGAGAGCAGUAUCCUAUAGCUGCACCACGAGUCCAUCAAGAGUUCUACAUGGACGAUUUGAUGACCGGAUGCCAGACAGAAGAAGAAGGUCUACAACUGUACCGUGAAAUGAAAGGCUUAUUGAAUGAGGGAAGGUUCGUGCUACAGAAAUGGGCUAGCAACAAAAAAGAGUUGUCAAAGCAGAUCAAUAGAAGAGAAGGAGAGAACCUAGGAAACAAAGAAGAAAAAAGCAAUCUGGAAAUAAAGACAGAUAAUAUAACUAAAAUACUCGGACUUACCUGGAACCGGGAUGACGAUGAAUUUCAGUACUCGGUGAAACUGCCGCCGCUAUCGCCACCUGAAAAAUAA